GGCGGGAGGAAGCGGGAGGAACUCCGUCGUCCUCCGCGCGCGCCUGCCCGCGGCUGGGGAACCGAAGGCCUGGAGGGAAAACAGCUCCCCGCGGCGUUGUUUUGGGCUCCGUGAGCCGAAAGGGGGAGGGGAGAGGAAGCAGAAGCAAACACUGCGCAGUGGGACCGUGCGCGGCCUCCGCUCCUGCGUGCGUGCGCUCGCUCGCGCGGGCUUAGUGCUGGCGCGUGAGGCGGAGGCGGGAGGCGGCGGCGGCGGCGGCGCCUGCGCGGUCGGACUCGGUCGACGGUUCGCAGGGGAGGAGGCGGCGGGAGGCGGAGGAGGCGGCGGCGGCGAUGGAGGUGAAGCGGCUGAAAGUGACCGAGCUGCGGUCAGAGCUGCAGCGGCGGGGCCUGGACUCGCGCGGCCUCAAAGUGGAUCUGGCGCAGCGGCUGCAGGAGGCGCUGGACGCCGAGAUGCUCGAGGACGAGGCCGGCGGCGGCGGGGCCGGGCCCGGCGGGGCCUGCAAGGCGGAGCCUCGGCCUGUGGCCGCGUCGGGCGGCGGCCCGGGCGGGGAGGAGGAGGAGGACGAAGAGGAGGAGGAGGAGGACGAGGAGGCGCUGCUUGAGGACGAGGACGAGGAGCCACCCCCUACUCAGGCCUUGGGUCAGGCCGCGCAGCCGCCGCCGGAGCCCCCGGAGGCGGCAGCCAUGGAGGCCGCAGCCGAGCCAGAUGCUUCCGAGAAGCCGGUGGAAACCACGGUCGGGUCAGGCGGGGUAAAUGGUGGCGAAGAGCAGGGCCCCGGCAAGGGGGAGGAAGACGAACCCGAGGAACGGAGCGGGGACGAGACGCCGGGAUCCGAGGUGCCGGGUGACAAGGCCGCCGAGGAACAGGGAGAUGACCAAGAUAGUGAAAAGUCAAAACCAGCAGGCUCAGAUGGUGAGCGGCGGGGGGUAAAGAGACAGCGGGAUGAGAAGGAUGAACAUGGCCGAGCUUACUAUGAAUUCCGAGAGGAGGCUUACCACAGCCGCUCAAAGUCUCCACUGCCUCCUGAAGAAGAGGCAAAAGAUGAGGAGGAGGAUCAAACUCUUGUGAACCUGGACACGUAUACCUCGGAUCUGCAUUUUCAAGUGAGCAAAGACCGCUAUGGAGGGCAGCCCCUUUUCUCAGAGAAGUUCCCCACCCUUUGGUCUGGGGCAAGGAGUACUUACGGAGUGACAAAGGGAAAAGUCUGCUUUGAGGCAAAGGUAACCCAGAAUCUCCCAAUGAAAGAAGGCUGCACGGAGGUCUCUCUCCUUCGAGUUGGGUGGUCUGUUGAUUUUUCCCGUCCACAGCUUGGUGAAGAUGAAUUCUCUUACGGUUUCGAUGGACGAGGACUCAAGGCAGAAAAUGGACAGUUUGAGGAAUUUGGCCAGACUUUUGGGGAGAAUGAUGUUAUUGGCUGCUUUGCUAAUUUUGAGACUGAAGAAGUAGAACUUUCCUUCUCCAAGAAUGGAGAAGACCUAGGUGUGGCGUUCUGGAUCAACAAGGAAUCCCUGGCAGACCGGGCCCUUCUACCCCAUGUCCUCUGCAAAAAUUGUGUUGUAGAAUUAAACUUUGGUCAGAAGGAGGAGCCCUUCUUCCCACCACCAGAAGAGUUUGUGUUCAUUCAUGCUGUGCCUGUUGAGGAGCGUGUGCGCACUGCAGUCCCUCCCAAGACCAUAGAGGAAUGUGAGGUUAUUCUGAUGGUGGGACUACCGGGAUCUGGAAAGACCCAGUGGGCACUGAAAUACGCAAAAGAAAACCCUGAGAAAAGAUAUAAUGUCCUGGGAGCUGAGACUGUGCUCAAUCAAAUGAGGAUGAAGGGGCUCGAGGAGCCAGAGAUGGACCCCAAAAGCCGAGACCUUUUAGUUCAGCAAGCCUCCCAGUGCCUUAGUAAGCUGGUCCAGAUUGCUUCCCGGACAAAGAGGAACUUUAUUCUUGAUCAGUGUAAUGUGUACAAUUCUGGCCAACGGCGGAAGCUAUUACUGUUCAAGACCUUUUCUCGGAAAGUGGUGGUGGUUGUCCCUAAUGAGGAAGACUGGAAGAAGAGGCUGGAAUUGAGGAAGGAAGUAGAGGGAGAUGAUGUGCCUGAAUCUAUAAUGCUGGAGAUGAAAGCCAACUUCUCUUUGCCUGAAAAAUGCGACUAUAUGGAUGAAGUGACAUAUGGGGAGCUGGAGAAGGAGGAAGCUCAGCCCAUUGUCACUAAGUACAAGGAGGAGGCGAGGAAGCUUCUGCCCCCCUCCGAGAAGCGGACAAACCGCCGAAACAACCGAAACAAGCGUAACCGGCAGAACCGAAGCCGGGGCCAAGGCUAUGUGGGCGGGCAGCGCCGAGGCUACGACAACCGGGCCUACGGGCAGCAGUACUGGGGGCAGCCUGGAAACAGAGGGGGUUACCGUAAUUUCUAUGAUCGAUACAGGGGAGACUAUGAUCGAUUUUACGGGCGAGAUUAUGAGUACAACAGAUACAGAGACUAUUACAGACAAUACAAUCGGGAUUGGCAGAGUUACUACUACCACCACCCCCAGGACAGAGACCGAUACUACAGGAACUACUACGGUUACCAAGGGUAUCGGUGAAGCCCCUGCCAUGGUCACCUGUCAGCCAUGAAGCUGAAUCUCUGGGGGUGCCAGGCACCCCCGCAAAACACAACCAAGGAAAACAGGGGCUAUCGGGGUGGGGCUGAGCUGCCGGGGAGGGGUGGUGGGGGGGAGGGUGCUCAAGCAGGGGUGGGGGAGGGGGGCGGUGGAAACAACGAAACUGUACAUUUUUUUUAAAGUUUGUUGAAAAGAAUAUUGUCUUAUUCUAUAAAACAUUUCAAACCUAGUUAGAGAUUUGUAAUCAAAAAACAUUUGCGCAGAAAGCAGCACUUAGGGCUGCCUGUUCUAUACCCUGCAGUCAGACAGGAAAAGAACUGAAAAUGGCACCCUUCUGACAUUCUGAGGCAGCUGGACUGGCAGCCAAGUAAAGGAGAGUGAUGAGGUGGUGUGGGGAGGGUGGGGAGGCAGUGCGAGGGUGCUCUCCACAGCAGGUAGGAGCAGGCAGGAGUCGGGACGGGGGAGAGCUUGUGACUGGGGCAGUGAAAAUAAACGAUUGGCUCUUAUCAAUCACUUGCACCAACUAA